CGUUGAAGAAACCCGCGACCGCGAGCUCCAAGAUAAGAACCCUCCCUCUCUCGGCCCCCUCCACAUGCUUCGGCGAAGACGAGCAGCAGAAGGAGCAUGGGUAGAGCCUUCGUCUACGUGAUCCUUGGCGGCGGAGUGGCCGCCGGCUACGCCGCCCUUGAGUUCUCCCGCCGAGGCGUCGGCCCCGGCGAGCUCUGCAUCAUCUCCGAAGAGACUGUUGCACCUUAUGAAAGACCUGCCCUAAGCAAGGGGUUCUUAUUGCCUGAAGCUCCUGCACGUCUCCCAGCAUUUCAUACUUGUGUGGGUGCUAAUGAUGAAAGAUUAACACCAGACUGGUAUAAAGAACAUGGAAUUGAGCUUGUUCUUGGAACUCGGGUGAAGUCUGCUGAUGUUAGGCGGAAGACACUAAUCACAGCAAUGGGAGAAACCAUCAGUUAUGAGGUUCUCAUCGUUGCAACAGGUGCCCGGGCCUUGAAGCUUGAAGAAUUUGGCGUGAAGGGGUCUGACGCUGUAAAUGUGUGUUACCUGCGCAAUUUGGCUGAUGCAUCUAGACUUGUGAACGUGAUGCAGUCCUGUAAUGAUGGGAAUGCUGUGGUCAUUGGUGGUGGCUACAUUGGCAUGGAAUGUGCUGCAGCUUUGGUCACAAACCGAAUCAAAGUGACCAUGGUGUUCCCUGAGGCCCAUUGUAUGGCUCGUUUAUUCACACCCAAAAUUGCUGAUUUCUAUGAAGGCCAGUAUGAGUCAAAAGGAGUGAACUUCAUAAAAGGCACUGUGCUAACAUCAUUUGAAAAUGAUUCUGAAGGGAAGGUGACUGCAGUCAUUCUGAAAGAUGGUACUCGAGUGCCUACUGACAUGGUCGUGGUUGGAAUCGGUAUUCGUGCCAACACAGCCCUCUUUGAUGGGCAACUAGCUAUAGAAAAAGGUGGGAUCAAAGUGAAUGGAAGAAUGCAGACUAGCAAUAGCUCAGUCUAUGGUGUUGGGGAUGUUGCUGCAUUCCCAGUCAAGCUGUUUGGUAGUGAUAUCCGACGUCUUGAGCAUGUUGACUCAGCCCGUAAGACUGCAAAACACGCUGUCGCUGGCAUAAUGGCCCCUGAGAAAACUGCCGACUUUGACUAUCUUCCUUUCUUUUACUCCAGAGUCUUCAGUUUCUCAUGGCAGUUUUACGGAGAUAACGUUGGGCAGGUCAUUCACUACGGAGAUUUUUUAGGCGGCAAGUUUGGUGCUUACUGGCUCGACAAAGGUCGAAUAAUUGGGGCUUUUCUCGAGGGAGGAAAUAGAGAAGAGUACGAGGCAAUAGCCAAGGUUGUCAAGCGCAAGACAACCAUCAAAGAUGUCUCUGAGGUGGAAAGACGAGGCCUUGAUUAUGCAUUGCGGAGCAGCCAGCAAGUAUUGCCGGAAAGUUCUGGGAUGAUUGUUGAAAGGCCGAUGUGUAACUGGCAUGCGGCAGCUGGUGUUGCUGUGGCAAUUUCCAUCUCUGCAUUUGCUUUCUGGUAUGGGAGGCGUCGCCGGAGGUGGUGAAAUUCAUUGAAAGCAUCUGAAGCCAGGGCAUGCAAAAAAUAAGAAAUUUUUCUAUACAGCAACCACAAAGAUCUGAACAUUAAUAUAACUGUUGAUACACCAAGGCUUGCAUAAUCUCUUUCCGUCUUCCCUGAUAAUUCUUGAACAAAUGUAAAAGCUAGCCAGAUUAUUUGGUGAAUUGUUAUUUGUUUAUCAAUCUACAUAUUAUUAUUAUUGUUGUUGUUGUUA